AUGGACCCUGACAGCGCAGCAGCACUCGCCAGUGCUUUGCUUGUUUUGUUGUUGGCCUGUGCAUUUGCCGGGGCAGAUGUCGUGUCUGGAGCCUCCGUUUAUGGUCUUGGAAACAUUCUCUUCGCUUGGCACGAUCGGAGCAUUGUCAGCUUGGCACUGCCGGUGAUGUUCUCCAGAGUUUCUGUGCCAGCUCAUCUUGAAGAGAGCUUUCAACAGCGAGUUCUCACCGGCUCGAUGAUUGGCAUGGUUGCGCUUCUGAACAAGCACCUUAUACUGGGCCGGCGCAUCUCCAGCUACGGAAUGCUACUUGCUAGCCAAGUGGCUUCAUAUGUGGCUGUACUGAAAUGGAGGACACCAUUGCAAUCUACGGUGUUUACAGUGCUGAGUUUGGGUGUCACCUACUGCAUCAUCGAUGCCGGGUACUGGCUGCUGUCUAUACGUAUAGGCGUAGUAGGCGUAUUAGGCAUAUUGAUAUCUAGCUGCCUCUCAGGUCUUUCCGGGAGGCUGUAUCUGGCUGUCGCAUUUGCUGUCGGCACGGUUGGGCUGGCUGUUGCCCCGAUGCUUACGCCUAUAUUGAAUCAAUUCCUGCCCAUUGAAGAAAUUGCCACGGUGCAUGUCACUGUGUCCAAUUUUGCUGGGGACGAACAUUUUCACAGCUCUGCCGUCGAAAUGCUCAUCGUCACAGCGAACAUACAGAUUUCCUUAGGGUAUCAAAGCAUUGCCUUUUUGAGGUCUGUUCAGGACCGGCAAAACGCGUUGCUCACAGUUGGACCAGGAGCCUCACUUUCAGCCCAGGGCUACGUGUUGCGUGCGAGACGCUGGGUCUUGUUUAUGUGUCUGCCAUAUCUCCUUCAGAGAACGGUCAUGACGGGCAUCCAAUCCCACGCUUUCGGGCGCUUCCGGCACUGGACAGAGCGUAUGCUGCGCCUUCAUAGCUUCUUCCCCCAAGAGGGUCGCGCGGGCACAAUGCUGAAAUCAGCUGCCAGCUCCAACUUCACUGUGGAGCAGUAUGCAGAUGCCAUCAAUGGGGCAGUUGAGAUGAGUUUCGGGAUCAUCUCCACCAAGCUUGCCUCACUACCGAAGUUGAUGCUCGUACCAGGUGUUGUGAGAGCCAAGCCUUGGCUGAUGAUUGCGGUUGUGCCCACAAGCAUGCUGAUGGACACCUGCAAAGCCUGGGUCACAGCCCACUUGACGGCCGAGGUGGAAAUGCUACAUCGCCAGUUGCUUGAGCUUGCCAACAAGAGGCGACGAAUUGAGUUACAUGACAUGAAGAGUGAAGAUCUCAUUCAGAGAUCACGUGCCUCCCGUUUCGCUCAAAGACAGUGGCAGCAAGUCGGGGUUCAGAUCGAAGAUCGGGGUAUGCGCUUGAAGUCCAUUCAGCUCUUGCAUGCCAUGGCCGACCAGAUGUACCGUCAACAGCUUCUUGGGCCUGGAAUCGAAUGUACACUUGCGUGUCUCAUGGAGACGAAUUACAUCUGCAACGCUGAUAUCUACUUGUACACCACGGUCUUAGAGAAUGCAAUUGACGCCGUCCUCACACGCCAGCGCGAGCAGGCCACUCUUGCAAGCAUGCAGACCAAGGUGUCUGUGGUCCGCCACCUGAUUCAUCAACAGUCGACGCUCCAUGCGCAAAAGCACCCACGGUGCGCAACUACACAAGGCAGCCAGAUUGUGCACAUAUCAUCCCUAGAGUAUGCACGAGGGCAGGCCCACAUCCACAUCCCGAACUUGACCUUGCCGAUGGGCCGUGUCGUUGCGGUGACUGGAGCAAACGGUUGUGGCAAAAGCACCGCUUUAGCAUAUCUGGCAUCGUGCAGAGACGGCGCGUGGACUCCAGCCGGUGCUGAGCUUCUUUCCAACGCUGUGCUGAGCAUGCCGUCAAGCGACAUUGUUGAGAUUGCACAGCAGUUUUACUGGCCCAUGUUUACCUCUCCUAUGUCCUGGCUUCUCUUCGAGAGGCUGGACGGAACCGGAGACGGAGAUUCGGAGGAGCUAAGAGCAGCCCGAGCGCGUGCGUGGCAACUACUGGAGGAGUUCGGCUUGACAGCUGGGCCAAAGCCCAGUGAGGGUUUGGAAGAUGAGACCCGGUACUUGGAUGAAGUCAAGGAAGACUGGUACGGCGAGCUGUCGGGAGGAGAGCGUUGCAAGGUUGAGUUCAUCCAGAAAGUUUUCCUCAGACAUGAGUGCCCACCGCUGUUAUUGAUAGAUGAAGCUUUCGCGCCGUUGGAUCCUGUAUCAAGCCGACACCUCAAACGCAGAUUGAAGGCAUUUUGCUCUAAGUCUUUGGUACUUGUGGUUCACCAUGGUGCUGAGAGACUGGACGACUCGUUUUUCGAUGACGAGCUGCAUUUUGCCAAUGGAACUGCUAUCCUCCAGUCCUUGCACUAA